AUUCGAUAACAAUUCAUAUUUCAUAUACAAACCAGUAGACUAAUGCAGUGCACGAAGACGGAAGACUACGUUAACGCAGAGUUAAAUGAUGUAAUGAAAAUUUGUAAAAAUGGAUAACCAGUGUGUUUCAUUCCAACACAGUGCAAAUAAUAAACAUUUCAAUGCCAAAAAAAGAUCUCUACAAUCUGAAGAAUGUUACAAAAACAAAAAAUUUAAAUCAAAAGAAAUUAAUUAUGUACCAGAUGUAGAUAUUAUUACAUUAUUCAAAUCAGAGUUACAAAGAAUUUUAGUAAAUUCUAAUGGAUUAAACACAACUAUAACAGACAUUUUACCUUAUGGAUCAAGAAUUUCAGGUCUUAAUAUUCCUGGCAGUGAUGUUGAUUUUAAUAUAAGUUAUGUUUCAAAAGAUCCAACCAAAAAAGUGAUAAAAUCAUUUGCUAAUAAGCUUCGUCAAAGUAAUGUAUUUACUAAGGUUUUUCCUUUAAUUUGUGCUAAAAUACCUAUUAUAAAAUGUACUCAUAAAAAUACUGGAAUUGAUUGUGACAUAUCAUUUAAUAAUAUUAGUGCAGUUCAUAAUUCUCAUCUUCUCAAUCACAUUUUAAGUAUGGACUGCCGUAUUAAACCAGUUUUAAUGAAGUUAAAGUUAUGGGCUAAAAAUAUUGGGCUUAUUAAUACAAAUGGGUUCUCUAGUUACUCAUUCUACUGGCUAGGAUUAUUUGUCAUGCAAGUUUUGGGAUUAUUGCCAGCUAUCCGGGAUUUACAAAAAUCUGUUCCAGAAAUUUUAGUUGGUCAAUGGAAUUGUGCAUUUUCCAAAAACACACAAGAAUAUAUUAUUAACAAACAAGAAACUUUAAGUGAGAGUGACAUAUUAAAUGUUUUCUAUAAAUAUUAUUCAAAUUUUGAUUUUAAUAAAUUUGUGGUAAGUCCAUUUACUGGUUACCCAUUACUUAAAGCAAAUUUUGAAAAUGUAGAACAACUCCCAGACGAACUAUGGAGAUAUAAACAAUUUUACAAAGAAAAUAAAGAAUGCCAAAAGUUAUUAUUUUUGGGUUCUUGUCAAUUUAAAAUGUAUACUCAAGAUCCAUUUCAACAUAAUGUAAAUAUUACAGCAAGAGUGACGCCAAAAAUAUUUGAAAAAUUUAUUAACGCUUGUGUAGCAUUAAAAAUUUAGUAGAAAACAAAACAGCAACUCAAGCUAAAGUUUAAUUUAAACUUAAUAAAUAUAAAAUAUCUUAACUACAUUUUUAUUUUUAUAUU